GGAUUCAAUAAAACGUCACUGGUGGUUGUGAACAGAAACACGUCAACUUCCGGUGCGGCUCCUGAGCAACGGAAACAGCGCGAGCCGGGAGCGUGAGGCGUCCGAGUGACCGGGGACUGGGAAUCGGGACUUGGCGGAGAGAAUCACGAGGUGUGGAGGAAAUUUAUAAAAUGGCAGAAAGUGAAUCCAAGCAUCACCGCUCAAGAAUGCAGAAAGAGCAGCAGAAUGGUAAUUUCACAGAUCUCUUGUCAUUGAAUGAGAGGAAACUGAAGGAUCAAGAGGAGAGGGAGACAAUAGUUUUAUGGAGGCGGCCUGUCACCACUCUACACUACUUCCUCCUAGAAGUUAUCAUAGACUUUAAAGAAUGGGCAAUAAAGUUGUGGCAACGGCGGAGGUUUGUUCUGACUCUGCUGUUCUUGUUGGCUGUGGCUACACUGGCCUAUUAUAUUGAAGGUGAACAUCAGAAGUUUGUGGAACUUGUGGAAAAGAAGUUUCUGUGGUGUGCCUACUGGGUAGGCUUGGGUAUCUUGUCCUCUGUUGGGCUUGGGACAGGUCUGCACACUUUCCUGCUCUAUUUGGGACCACAUAUUGCUUCAGUGACUUUGGCUGCAUAUGAAUGUAACUCUGUGAAUUUCCCAGAACCUCCAUAUCCAGAUAAGAUCAUCUGUCCUGAUGAGAAAUUGAAAGAGACAGUCUCCUUAUGGGCCAUCAUCUCCAAAGUCAGGCUGGAGGCCUGCAUGUGGGGAGCUGGCACUGCAAUAGGAGAGCUGCCUCCUUACUUCAUGGCACGAGCAGCUCGACUAUCAGGCACAGGAGCAGAUGAGGAGUUUGAAGAAAUACUGGAACACGGUCAGAAUUCAGAGGAUCUUCCCACCAGAGCCAGGAUGGCAGUUCAGAACUUGGUACAAAGAGUUGGUUUCUUUGGCAUCUUGGCUUGUGCUUCAAUUCCCAAUCCCCUCUUUGACCUGGCUGGCAUAACAUGUGGACACUUCCUCGUUCCAUUCUGGACCUUUUUUGGUGCAACUCUUAUUGGAAAGGCUAUCAUUAAAAUGCACAUUCAGAAAUUAUUUGUUAUUAUCAUGUUCAGCAAGCACAUAGUGGAACAGAUGGUGUCCUUGAUAGGGGCAAUUCCAAGGUUAGGCCCUUCACUUCAGAAACCCUUCCGAGAAUACCUGGAGGCCCAGAAACACAAGCUUCAUCACAAGUCUGGAGACAAAAUAGAAGCGAGUGAAAACUGGCUGUCAUGGCUCUUUGAAAAAAUAGUCAUUGUCAUGGUGUGCUACUUCAUUCUGUCCAUCAUUAAUUCUAUGGCCCAGAGCUACGCCAAGCGGAUCCAGUCACAGAAAUACACUGAAGAGAAAAUGAAAUGAAAUAAGUAAUAUUUUUUGAGAAAGGGACUGUACAAGGCCCAGAUUAGAAAGUGAUUCCUAAAGCCAUCUGCUGCUGCUUGAUUCCAUCAACUGGAAUUACUUUGAGGAGGCAAAAGGGGUAUGUUAUAAAUGUAUGCAGUUGCAAGUUCUGAAAGAAUUAUUUCAUGCUUAUCAUAAGUAUUCCAGAAUGGAAUCUACGUUUGUGGAUUCUUGCUCAUUUAUUUUCUUCAUUUUCAUUUUUCUUAAGAAUUUUUGGCUUCAGUGGAGGCCUUGUUAGGAAUGAAUGGCAUAAAGGAAGUUGUAGGGUAGAUGUAAAUAAUUAGGCAUGGAGUCCAAAUGAUAGAAAUGAUUUUGAUUGUCUCCCAAUUACUUUGGGCAUGGUAGUGAAUACAUGAGGGCUGGGCGUGGUUUGCAAAAGCCAUAGCAGCUCAAAAAAAUAGCAUUGCAUUGUCUUGAGUACAAGUAUAUUCCCACAAUUCCUUUCUAACCAUCAAAAGUUGGCUGUAUUUCGCACAAUGGUUGGUAAUGGUUCUGUAAACACAGAGCUGUGACACUGUUUUAAUACCAGCCCCUUAAGGCUGUGUUGAAACACACACUCAAACUCUUUCAGAGCUUACUAAGUUAAUAUAGUUGGUUGGGGACUUGCAUUAUUUCCUCCUUUCUAUUGCAUCAUCUUCUGUGGUAUCGCUGUCCUCCACAAAUGUGUCCCCUUGCCAACAACGUUCUUCUUUGGUGCUGAAACUUCAUGCUGCCUACACACCAGUAACUGAACUGUGGUCUGACGCUGCAAGUUGCAGUGAACUGACAGACCCAUCAUUGUUGCAUUUCUCAACGCUUAGAGGUGAGACUUCCAGUCACACCGUCAUCUGCUAGGAAAAAAACGGAGGCAUUCAUUUUUUUUAUCGCUUUAUUUCACCUUUUUCUGUUAGAGAAUAGCUAUAGAAAGUAAGUAUAUGUGAAUUUGAAAAAGUUUAUAGGUAUUUAUAAUCGCAAUCUUUGAAUUUUAUUUAUCUCCCAUCUGAGCAAUGUUGUCUUGUGCCCGAAGCAGCAUCAAACUUUUAGAAUUGUAUUGCUCACCUUUACUUGUGUUUUAAACUCUGAUAGUGAAAGAAAUGCUGUAAAACCAGUCCAUUCAAACUGUACAGAAAGCAAUGUAAAUUUUACCAGAAAGACCUAACCUGACUUUAUAAAACUACAUUGUCAUUCCGCACACUAGAUCUUAGUUUGAUUCUGUCCAAUUACUGAGGAAUGUCAUUAACAUGUAUAAAUAAAAACCAGAAUCUCAAACUACAUGUGCCAAUCAAAUACAAAUUCAAUAACUUCACUGAUUAAUUCAUAUAGGACUAUUCGUAAAAAAGGCAAAAUAACAGAUGUUUGACUUGAUCAUAGUGUACAUUUUUAAUUAUUCCUAUGCGAGAUAUGUUGCAUGAACGAGGUCCUUCAGAAGCUUCUCUUUCAGAGCCGUUUAAGCUGAAGAAACUCUGGUUCUGUUUUAACUACUGCAUUUUCUAACUGGAAUAAAAUUGGAGUUAUGGUGA